CUCUUAACGUUCAGCUGAUGUCAUGCUUCUUCUUUAAUUGUUUUUUUCCCACAACACAAAAACGUAAAGGAUAUCUAAAAAUUCUAAAAGGAGCCGAAUUUAUAAACAAAUAAACGGAGUCCGUUUCUCAACUUUUUGCAUCGACUGAUACUGGCAAAUAUUGAAGAAAAUAAUUGAAUAUUAAUCAAAAUGUCCAGUGACUCGGGUUCAUCUGCAUCAUCGGAGGAGCACUAUAAGCAUAAGAAAAGUAAGAAACUCAAAAGGAAGUCAGAGAAAAAGAAGCACAAGAAAAAGAACAAGAAGGAGAAAAAACACAAGGACAAAAAGCAUUAUCAUCGAGAACAAUGUCAAGUAGAGCCCACGCCACCUCCUCUAAGUUUGGAUACAAAAAAUGGGACAACCGAUGCAAGUGUAGAUGCCUUUGGUCCAGCCUUACCACCUCAUUUACUUAAAGCAGAUAUAAAAACUGAGAGAAUGUUAAUAGGUCCUUCACUCCCAAGUGAAUUUUUAAAUUCAGUUGAGAGCGCAGAAAUCAAAUCUUCCGAAAUAUGUGAGAAGGUUGAUGCGGCUACUACAGUGGGUGAUGGUGAAAACGAAGACAUUGAUUUUUCAUUUGGGCCUAUGCCUGUACUCAACGAUUCUGAAGGCUUACCAAAAAUGAGUACAACACAAAUAGAAUUAGAGCAACGGGCUUUGGAACUCAAAAUCGCAGGCAUUGAAGGUACAACCGGUAAUACAACAGACGCGAACGUACGUGAGGAAUGGAUGUUGGAAUUGCCAGCGGUUGGACUAAAGGGAGGUUUAGCGGCGCUUUCGAACAUGAAACGAACGUUUCAUCAAGGAAAGGAGAGACCAGACUUUAGCGACCGUUCCUCUUGGACUAAAACUCCGAACGAUGAAACCAAGCCUUCCACGAGUACAACAAAGGCCACUACUACGGCUGAGGCAUUGAAGCGAAGUGCUGAAGAUGCUUAUGAAAAGCAACGUGAUGAAGAGCAAGCGCGUAUUGCAAAGAAACACAAGAAGCAACACAAGAGAGAUGAGUCGUUAGUUGAAAUGCACCAAAAGAAGUUACGAAAGGAGCAAAAGAAAAAAGAAAAGGAACUGGCCGCUGCAGGAGCUAAGCCCGAGCGACGACCAUUUAGUCGUGACGUAGAUUUGAAAUUGAACAAAAUCGACAAAAACCAAACAAAGCAGAUUGUUGAUAAAGCAAAAAUACUUAACACCAAAUUCGCAAGUGGGAAAACAAAGUAUCUUUAAAACAUCUUUGAGUUUAUACACUAUAUAAAUGUUUAAUAUAAAUAAUUACCAGAAUACAUUUUUCACUUAUAGAAACACAA